CGUUAACGAUUAGACUCAAAAGCAAUUAAUCGCUGUUUUCUUCUUCUUCAUCAUCGUCUUUCUCUCAGUGUUUCUGGUUCUUCGUUUUUCCUCCCUCUCUAUCUUUAAGCCUGAAUUGUAUGGCCGCUAAUUCGAGGAGCGCAGGAGUGAUCGCCGGCUUGGGGAAACGAAUCACUGACCAGAUCUGGACCAGCGAUCCACUUCGCAACUCUGUGAUCUCUUCCUCUGCUCCGAAGAUCAGGAGGGCAGCUCACACCUCAGCGUAUGACAAGAACCCCGACGAGCAAGUUCGACCAAGCGUAGUCCCUGAUGAUGUGAUUCAGUCUCAGGCUGCUGAUAAGUACUGGGCUCCUCAUCCGCAAACCGGCGUUUUCGGGCCGGCCUCUGACAAUCCUGCUGCAGCAGCAGCCAACCGUGCAGCAGAUGGUGGCAACUACUCUGCCGUGGAGGAGGAAAAGGCUUGGUUCCGACCAACAAGUCUCGAGGAUUCCGAGAAGCCCCACGGGUUGUAGAGUGCUCAGACAUUGGGCAUCAGAUACUAGACAACAAGUAGCGACUAUAUUACGUUACUAAAUAAAGAAGAUGGUUGCUUUUGUUGUACUAAAUGGUUGGAGUUUUGUGUUAGACGCAAUCUGCCUGAGGAAUCGGGAUAUGCUUAUUAUACGGUGUUGUACAAACUCUAUUACGUUGGAUGUUUUUGUGCUCUCGUUUGACUAUUCAAAAUAGUGUGGUUUUAUAGCUAUA